AUGAGGUUUCUGCUCCUAAAAAUUUUGCUGUUUAUUGCAGUGGAGAGUACAGUAUCGACGGGAAUAGGAAUACACGCUGAUUGGGAUAUUCAAGGGAAAGUAUCACAUUUAUGCGAAAAUGGAGUAAUGCUAGAUAAAGACUAUCCACCUUGUGAUUGCUUAAAACAAAUGCCAAUUAUGGGAAAUCUUGCAUUAGGGCCUCCAGAUAUUCCUUAUUCUGGAGAUGUACCAGGGUUUGAUGAUCAACAAUCAGUACCUGAUAUUUCAAGUGAUAAUGAGAUGAUUAUUCCUUCUGGUUCUGUUUCGAUUGACGGAUUAGAGUGCAUAGAAAACGGAAGCAAUGAGACAGUAAAGUUAAAACGGACGAUACUUUACAUGCUCAAUAUUAAAAUAAGUGGCGAAUUAAAAAUCAACGAUGAAUCUGUCCAAACAUUUGGACCAGAAAAUAACCUUUGCAGACCUUUUGAAGAUGGUAUGAUGAAAGACAUAGUAGGACCAAUAUUGAGCAUGAUUAUGUUUGAGCGACAAAGUUGUCCAAUUAAAAAAGGAACUUCUGUGGUAGUCAAAUCCAACAACCCUAUUACUUUGAUAUCAGAUGAUCUUCUGCAAUGUGGCGAUUAUGAAAUGAAUAUUCAGAUCAAUUCUUUGAUGGAACCGGACGUCUUUUUGGAGCUUACGCUCGAGUGGACAGUGUCUGAAAGUUUACACUGCGAAAAAUAA